AUGGAAUCCUUGGAAGGCGGACCCAAGAGUCUGGAGUACACCAAGCUGGUGCACAUUCUGGCGGAUGAGCUGAAGAAGCUCUGCAACCUUGAGGAGUCUGUCAGUAUGAUGAACGAUCCAGAUGAGUCAAGCUCUUUCUUAUUAGAGCUUAGUUCUUUCUUGAAGGAGUUGGGAUGUCCAUAUAAGAAACUUGUUACUGGUCACAUGUCAUCCCGUCUCCAAUCCAAGGAGGACCGUCUGCUCCUCCUGGACUACUUGGUUUCCGAACUCAUGGCGGCUCGGAUGGUGAAUGUGGACUGCCCAAAAGAGAAACAGGGUGGCAUGGAGAUUGUUGUUCAUGAGUCUCCAACAGCGAAAGAUCUGAAGGACAUCUUGAUUGCCUUGAAGUUCAACAAGCCCCCGCCAAACAUUACAGCAGAGAUGCUGUUUUCUAAACUCGAAGCUAAGCUAAAGGAUACUAUACAGAAAGAGGGUGAUCAAUUAGUGGGGAAGCCGUUGUAUAAUAAGGCACUAACGGACAAAGACUGGAAGGAACUGGAAACCACCUUCACAGAUCUGUUUGAAGAGUACAGGCUUCGGAGAGAGUUGAUCACUAGGUUGGAAUGCACUAUACAGAGUUUUGAGUGGUCCGAGCGUCUCAAAGCUCGCAAAGACGCGAUACAGUCAACCUACCGGCCCAAACGAGAACAACUCAAAGUCAAGCCAGACGUGAAGCUGUCUGACUUCUUGGCAGCGCGUACGAGCCUCUUGCAAGUAGAGAAGACCUCCAGCGCCACAGUCAGGAAGAACACACAGAGUGAUGUCAACAAAGUUAUUAUCGGACAGGUACCGGACCGAGGUGGACGUCCCAACGAACAGCAGCCACCCCCACCAGAGAUGCCCUCGUGGCAGCAACGAGGACCUUCGAGUCAG